AUGUCCCCCCCUCUCCUCCUCCGUCUCGCCUUCCACGGUAAGAACGUGCCGGCUAUCACCAUCCUCAGCUACCUCACCCGCAUCCACAAGUACUGCCCCACCACGUAUGAGGUGUUUUUGUCUUUGCUGGUCUACUUUGACCGCAUGACGGAACGGGUCAACGACAUGGUGGUCAAGAGCGAAGAGGAGAGGAGGAGACGACGUUUCGAGGAGCAACAGGCUCGACAGAAACAAACUGCUGCGACGGCAGGUUAUGAGAAGGGGACGGCGGACGAUCCAGAUGUCCUUAUGCGGGAUAUGUCUGAUGACAAUAAAGCGCACGAUAGCGACGAGACGGAUUCGGAUUUGGCUGAUGAUGAUGACGACGAAGAGAUGGCUGAUGAGCCUAAGCCUAAGCAAAGUGUUGUUGGUGGGUCCAGGAGCAUGAGGGAACAGGAAGAAGAGGAGGAAGAGGAGGAACAGGCGACGUAUUUUGUCGUGGACAGCUUCAACAUUCACAGGUUGAUCAUCGCUGGGGUUACUUGCGCGAGCAAGUUCUUUAGCGAUGUAUUUUAUACUAAUUCCCGCUAUGCUAAGGUCGGCGGUCUUCCCCUCCCAGAACUCAACCACCUCGAACUCCAAUUCCUUCUACUCAACGACUUCCGCCUCGCCGUCCCCGUCGAAGACCUCGAAGCGUACGCCACCAUGUUGGUCGAGUUCUACGCUAGAGAGGUAGUUACGCAGACGACGCGCGGAAAACCUAGCUCGACUGCUGUUGCUGCUGGUUCGAGUAAUGCCGUUGCUGCUGGUUCGAGUAAUGCCGUUGCUGCUGGUGCUUCCGCCGUGGCGGCGGCGGCGGUGGUGGCGGAGUAG